AGAUAAAAUAAUUUUCUUUCUUCCUUCAUUGAUUGUGAUAAAUCUAGAACAAUAAAGAUAUUGUCAUUCAGUUCAUAAAGUGCAGUGGUGUGAAUAAGGAAUAACGGCAUAUACUAAUGUUAAUGUUUUUCCAGAUUGAAGGAAGGAAACACUAGGAAAUAAGAGAAAUCAUAUAGAUUAUCUAGGGAUCGCAAUAAGGAAGACAGACUCAGUAUGAAGAUAAUGAAAUGGAUUUCACUAUGGCUCAUGGUGAGCGAUAUCUGCAUCUCCCUCUUGCAAAUCAAGAAGGGAGCAAUCCUAAAAGAACAUGGUCAUGUGAAGAUGAUACACGACAUAGCGGUUGUAACUAUCAACAUCACAGCUGUCGACGAACAGCAACAAGAACUUAAUGGUUUAAUGGGACAAAUUGAAAAUCUCAUGUCUACUAACCAGAACAAUUCUAUUUUGUUAAAGCUUAGGGAAGAUAUUAGUCAAGUCUUACCCAAGAGAAUUAAGAAAAGAUCCUUGUUGCCAUUCAUUGGCACAGCCUUAAACACUUUGUUUGGUGUAGCUACUGAUGGUGAUGUAGAUAAAGAUAGGGCUAGAAUAGAAAAAUUAGAAAUGUGGGCCGCAGAACGAGGUACCAUCAUGACUAAAGUCAUUGAUGCAACUAACAAGAACCAGAAUUUGAUUGUUAAACUAAAGGACUUUGUAAACAAUAUGGCUCAGAAUAUUACUACAGAGAUAAAUGACUUAAACAAGUCACAGUUUGUGACUCAACUUUGGUUACCGCAGGUUAACCCAAGACUGGAAGACCUGUGCCAGUUGGCAUCAUUAUUUUUACUUUUGAGUUUCCCGGUCAAUUGCGCCAGAAAUAAUGCUAAUUGGCAACUACCAGAGGUUCCUACAUGCAGUCUACUGCUAAAAGUCAGUGAGAAUAUAGUGGUAAUGGCUGCAAAAUGCAAGCUACACUACUAUAGCCAGGAGGCCCUAGAGGGCUAUAUAAACUCCUUUAGGUUUGACAAAACUGUAGAAAUCGCCCUAGAAAGCAGCGAUGGGAGUGAGGCUCUCAUAGUGAGUGAAGUGCGUGAGGUGGCUGAUAGUGCAGGUCCCUCCCAGCAAGAAGUGGGUCAUCCCACCACACCAAUUGGCACCCACCCAUCUCCCAAACCUUCUACCUCUCGUGCCUCUGCCCUCACCCCAGUAUCGGUAAAUGAGGAUAGUGAUAGUGACUGA